GUGUGUUUAGCAGGGCAGUCGCUCCGAGUACACUAAACCGGACAUCCUCGAGGACAACGCGGAUUCUAUUGUGUGAUAUGAAUAAAUACUUAGAAAUAUUGCACAGUUUCACACGGUCGGAUGGACGGUUGGUGAUGCAAAAAUUCACUCACGCUGACACAUUUCACAAAUUAUAGGCUGGGCUCUUAGUUGAUUUGUGCAAAAAUAAAUUGAAAAGAAUUGAAAAUAUAUUUUUACAAUCAAUCGAAAAAUAUAUAGAACAGCGUUUAACGGUGUCUUUAAUCAAAAUGAGAAAGCUGUAGAUUCUACUUUUAAAGGAAAAUCUUUGCUCCAAUUAAAGAAUUUGACUCGUGUGUGCGUGCGUGUGUGUGUGUGUGCGGGCUUUAACGCGAAUGUGUACAUUAUACUAUAGACAUAUACAUUUGUAUGUGUAUUUUUGCUUAUAAACACUAUGUGUCGUCAUUCUCGUGGCCAUCGCCGCAGUUAACGUCAGCAUUGCCUCGACUACAUCUACCGAAAGUGAUAACCCCGUGAUUAUAAGACUGCACCACUGUACCGAGUGUAAACGCCGUUGAAGCUAUCCAUUGGCGAUUGCCACUUUGCGUCAUUCAGUCUCGUCUGUGAUACGAUCGCGGAUGGCGUUAAAAUUAUUCGGAGGCUGACAACAAUUGGUACUUAUUGCAAUUGUGAAAAACUUAAAAUACAAAUACAAUUAGUUAAAUAUGUAGAAAUACAAUAAAAUAAAUAAAUUAAUCAAAAUGCGAAAAGAAAAAAUAAUAACGCAAAACACAUAAUAUACUCGUAGUUUUAAAUAGCACAAUACAUAACAUUUAAUAUAUAUAUACAUACAUAUAUAUAUACGCCACCGUAUGUACAAUAAUAAACGCAUUUCGAAUUUUCAAAUUAAUUUCAAUUUGUGCAAAAUGUGCGGUAAUUAAAAGGUUCUAUAAAAGGAACACGAUUUGUCGCUACCUCCGAAGAAAAAGAAUAAAACAAUUAUUGUGAAAAUCAUGCUUAAAAAGAAUUGAACAAAUUAACAGAAUAUAAACAAAAACAAUAAUGCUAUGUAAUUGUGCGCUGCAGUGAGAUGCACGUGUAAAUGCAAAACAGAGAGACGGCAAACAUAACACAAACUAUUUUACAUAUAAAUAUAUGUAUGUACUCGUAUGCAUUCGCGACUAUAACGUAAUUGAAACAGCAAAGUGUAUAAAAACUUUUUACAUAUUAUAUUAAGAAAUGGGCAUUGAAACAACAUAAAACGAAAAAAAUUUAAGAUACAAAACGCUUUUAAGACUAUGAAUUAUCAACUCCGGACAAUACCUCCAACGUGCAGUGAAUAUGAUUGAGGCAAUGGAUGAGAGCAAGCAGCAUUUGCUUGCGGAUACUACAGAUAACGGCAUGGAUUUAAAUGAAAAAGUGGCAACAAAAGCCACACAAUUAGCGGACUCUGCUACCUCAUUGCAAAUUACCAACAGAACUACUGCAAAUUCAGAGGCGCACUCAUGUACAAAAUCCGUUGAGACAGGACAGCAACUUUUAAAAAACGCAGUAUCAUUUUUUCGAAAGAAAUCCUUACAUUGCUUCGCUAGCACCGGCAAACCAGGCAGUAGUCCGUCAGCGAAGUACUUUAAUUGGUCAUAUAGAGUACUACGUCGAAAACAGCUUUUACUCUUACUCUUUCUUGUGGCAUUCAUAAUAUAUUUGAGUAGUUCGAUAAGGAGCAAUAAUUAUGCAGAUGAACACAUUACAGUCUUGCACCAUUCUCAUGUGCCGGGCAUGAAGGACACCGAAGGGCCAUUGCCCCAAUAUACGGUUGAUAUGAAACAAUCACAUACACCAUCAGCCGAUACCGUGCUAAUUUUGUCACCAUCCGCAUCACCGAUGCCUGAGCUUAAUGAAACACGAUUAGAGCUUGAACAGACAACCAGCAUCGAAGAAUCGAUUACAGUUCAAACUUAUGAGAAUUCUUUAAUUAAUAAUGAUACAUAUAAAAUGAUACGACCUCCCACAGGUUAUCUCGUCUGGAGUGAAUCCUGUCGUAUACCCGAUGUGGAUGUGCAUGCGCCGGAUAUAAUGCAACAUUUCAAAAGAGAAAAAUACAAACCGUGCUCAAAUAAAAAAGCCUUAACUGCAGUAUACUUCAAUACGACAUCCAGGGAGUAUGUGCUGCAUAUCGAUGAAAGUGAAAUCAAAUCAUAUAGUAAAUCGGGGAAGGUCAACUGCUGUUACCAGCCAAUAUUACGCAAUGGUACCGGCGCCAAAGCAGAUGUGGAUUAUAAACUCGGCAAAUGUGUUCCUUUUAAGAAAAGUGUUUCUUUACCGCCUUCAAUUGAUAAUAUUCUAGUACAAUGUGAUUCUAAUAGGCGAAAUGUGUAUAAAAAUGGGCAUCCCUUAAUAAACGAGAAACCCCGUGUACGUGAACGAUUAAAUGCUUGGAAGAAGAAGGAUACUGAUCGUGGUCGAACGAAACCGCCCAGUAUUUUAAUGAUCGGCAUCGAUAGUAUAUCGCGUGUAAAUCUAAUAAGAGCCAUGCCAAAAACUGCCCAACACCUAUACGAUAAUGAAUGGUUCGAAUUGAGUGGUUAUAAUAAGAUAGACGAUAAUACGUUCCCGAAUUUUAUGGCUGUGCUGGCUGGAUACAAUAAAGACAAUACCGUUGAGAAAUGCCCUCCAAAAGUGUUAGGUGCCUUAGACAAUUGCAGUUUAAUAUGGAACGGAUUUCGUGAUCACGGCUAUGUGACAGGCUAUGGCGAAGAUGCAGCCGAAAUUAACACUUUCAAUUACUAUAAAGUGGGAUUUACGCAACCACCCGUUGACUACUACUUACGUCCAUUUCAAUUAGCUGCCGAACAUCAUUUGCAUAAAACCUACAAAUCAGGUCUGACCUUCUGCCUUGGCUAUCAACAAUCUGCACAAUUUGUACUAGAUUAUGCCAUCGAAUUUGCAACACGUUUCAAGGACGAGCCGCUAUUCGGAUUAUUUUGGACAAAUUCGUUUAGUCACAACAAUCUGAGUGACUCCUCAUCGAUGGAUGUCGUAGUGCUUAAUUACUUGGAACGAUUAGCCAAACUAGGCUUACUCGAUCGUAUGAUUGUCAUUUUCUUUAGUGAUCACGGUUUACGUUUUGGACCUGCGCGUACCACUACCUCCGGUCAUAUGGAGGAGCGACUGCCGUUCAUCUUUAUUUGGCUGCCACAAUAUCUGAAACAAAGACAUCCAAGUUUUGUGAAUGCUUUAAGUGUGAAUAAGAAUCGUCUAACAACACCAUAUGAUCUACAUAUGACACUGAAGCAUUUUCUUAGCAUGUCCGAGCGUGUUGAAAACAAAUCCAAAGUUCUUGCCCCAGCUGAGGGUUGCAAGAAGUGUCAAACACUCUUAGAGCCGGUACCGUUAAAUCGUUCUUGCUACGAAGCAGCGAUAGAUGAACACUGGUGCACUUGUAUACCUUACACCAAGGUUAAUAAAAAAAUUAAUGUUGUGCAAAAACUAGCUAAUAUAACGGUUAAAUAUAUAAAUGAACUGGUACGAAACUUUCGAAAUGGUACCGUAAUGUCAUUAUGCCGCAAUCUACAGCUCGACAAUGUCGUAAGUGCGCAUCGAUCGUAUGAUGCUUUCAGGCCGAUAAAUGCAAAUGGUACAGCUUUGGAUGUGUAUCGUCUGCAUUUCGUGACAAAGCCGAAUACUGCAGAUUUCGAGGUCACGUUACGCUACAAUCCAGUGUCGGAGGACGUUAAAUUUACCGGUGAGAUAAGUCGCUUAGACUCAUACUACAAAGAUUCGCACUGCAUAUCGGAUAGUUUCGUGAAAAAAUAUUGCUCGUGUGCCUAGCGCAAAGCUUCGUCGCUGACAACAAAAAAUAACAGCACAACGAAUAAGGCGCACUGAUCCAUAUGGGACGCCUUCCAUCGUGGAAGGUGACUCGCUUUCUCUUAUUCCUAUCAUUUGCUUUGUACAGUAAUUAACCAUAUCAGAUAAGUUCAAGCAAAAGAAAAAUAUUAAACAUAAAUUUUCUACCAUCUCAAGCUGUUAGUUAUAACGAUAAGUAGCAAUUUUUUUAUAUAUAUACAUACAUAAAUAGGGCUAAAAGCUGAAUGGUAAAUCUCUGAGUAUUUUAAAAGUUUACUUCAAAAUUACUUACGUCAACUUGUAAGGGGGUGGAUCAAUCGGCUGGCAGUAAUUGAAUUAAAGAUCAGUUUUUCUCUUUUCUAUAAGAUAAUUCAGCCAUAUCAGACAAUUAAUAGAGCAAGGGCAAACUUAGAUCGGAAUCGUGUCUGAAGCAGCGAUGCUCAACUAACGAAACGAUAUCAAUGCUUUUUAUUAAUAAAAAAAUAAAUGAUAUUUUCAGCACCAUUUUCUCGAAACGUAAAGAAAUUUUUAAUGUUCAAACAGCAAAACGUUCAUGUUAAUUUUAAAAUGGCUGCUAAUUAUAUUAACAGCAUUAAUUUUAACUUUUUACAUUAUCUGCUAACGAUUUAACAAUAUGCAGAUUUAGCAGCAUCUGUUAACGAUUUAACAUUAUCUGUUCACGACUUAACAUUAUCUGUUAGCGAUUUAACAUUAACGACAGCAGUUCGUUUCUGCUUUAACGAUAACAUUUAUAAAUGUUUCAACCGAAUCAAUAGAACUUUUUUGAUUAAUGUGAAAUUUAUUGUUUCGAUUCAGCCUUGGUCUGACGUUUUAGAGGAUUAAUGCAGUGUGACGCGCACUCUUGAUGGUCCGAUUGCGGUAUCUGAAAGCAACUGAUGAAGAGUACAAAACAUUGCCUAUAUAAAAUAUUUUAAUUGAAAACCGUCUUUUGACUAAAGUAAAGAAAAAUCUGUAUCAUUUAACAUCUGGCAAUAAAUGUUACGGUAAAUAAAACUUACAGGAUCUUCUAACAGAAAAUUUGCAUAACAGCUGAAUUAAUUAUUUAUUUAUUUAUUUAUUAAAUAACAAUUUUAAAUUUAAAUAGGUAAUUAAUGACUUGUGACUAUUUUCCAUAUAUUUUUUCUGAGGGCUAAGCUACUAAGAGCCACAAAUACUUUAAGCCCAAUUGAUCUACCCUCGUGUGUUACAAUUUACGAACACAAUUAUUUAUAUAUGUAUUGUACAUAUAUGUAAUAUAUGUAUAUGUUA